AUGGCAACAACAGCCCGUGGUUCCGUGGAGCGUACGGUUGCCCUGCUUUCUCGAGGGUCGGUGGACAUCGACGGAAGCUACGGUGAUGCGGGCCGGACCCCUCUUAUGGUGGCCUCCACCAUGGGAUACUUGCGGGUCGAAAGGGUUCUUUUGAGACUGGGAGCCGGUGUGUCGGUGGCGGACAAUGAUGGUGCGACUGCUCUACACCUGUCGGUUUUCAACCAACACCUGGCCGUCAGCAAGGCUCUGAUUAAGGCCGGUGCGGAGGUUGAAGCGCGUUGUGUAGACGGAAUGGUGGUGCUGAUCCACGCGGGUGCGAAUGUCGACAGUGAGCAAGAAAGCGGAGCGACACCCCUGUACACUUCGGCACGACAAGGGAGGCUUGAAGAUGUCAAAGUUCUCGUUGGGACGAAGGCGAAUCCGCUAGUGCCUGCAUACGACGGCGAAAGCCUGCCGCUCGACGCGGCGGCUGAAAACGGAUACCUGGGAGUUGUCCGCGAACUAGUACAGCGAUUCGGCAUCGAUGGUUGUUCUCGUGACGGUGGCGCGCAAGCUCUCGUGGAGGCCGCUUCUCAGAAUCAAACAGAUAUCGUCACUUUUUUGUUUGACAACGGCGUGGUGGACGCGGAGGGUAUUGCACUGUGUGCUGCCGUGGAAGGCCGGCGUGAGGAGUUUGUCAAGCUCCUUCUACGGAGACAGGGAUGCAAUGCGAACACCAGUACGCGUGCAUACGCCAACAUGGCCCACGACAGCACCUUGCCCAUGUACUCGAACCAACUUUUCCAAGACACCCCUCUUGUGAGCGCAUUUGAGCUGGGGGGCUUCUAUUCUCCCAGAAUCACGCGCUUGCUCCUGGACGCCGGCGCGGACGUGGCAUCGCGCGUUCGGUAUGAAGGAAUCGAAGGAGAUUGUGUAAUGCACGAUACGCCCUUGGCGAUCGCCGAAUCGAUUCUACCUUUGUGGGAGACCUAUGGAGAAACUUCGGAAGACGUGGAGUUCGGGCUCAAGGGUGUCAUACGCUUGCUGAAGCAGGUGGAUGCAGUUCACGCUAUCUCCUGGUGUUGGCCGAACGCGCUCGAGAAAUCAACGCCGAUCGUUCGCAUGCUGCCGGGUCUGAAGCGCAGGGCGACGAAGCCUCGUGUGGUCUUGGCGGCCCUGUCUCGGUACAACGACAAGCAAGACGGACCGCUCCCGAGCGGCUCCGUCGAGCGUCCGAUUGCUACGACCGACAUCGACCGACGCUGUGGUGAUACGAACCAGACACCGCUGAUGGUGGCCUCCGUCAUUGGUUCCUCGCGCGUUGUCAGAGACCUCCUGAGGCAGGGUGCCAGCGUCUCGCUAGCGGACAGCGACGGUUAUCCUGCUCUGCACCACGCGGUGUAUCACAAACACCUGGCCGUGAGCAAAGACCUGAUCGAGGCGGGAGCGGACCUUGACGCGAGGCCCGGUGGCAUAGAUACACCACUUCACGUGGCCGCGACGAAAGGGUUUUGCCAAGAAAUGGUGGUGCUGAUCGACGCAGGCGCAAAUGUGGACAGCAGGCUCGACGACGGAGCAACACCGCUGUUCGGAGCGGCAAAGGACGGGCGGCUCGAAGCGGUCAGGGUUCUCCUUCGGGCGAACGCGAAUCCGCUCUUGUCUGCGGACGGCAGUCUCCCGCUAUAUAUGGCGGUUUACAAUGGACACCUGAAAGUGGUCCGCGAACUUGUGUAUUGGUACGGAACCGACGGCUGUACAAGCGACGGCGGCGCACUGGCUCUCGCAACGGCCGCUUCUCGCAAUCAGGUGGACAUCGUCACCUUCCUGUGCGAUGCCGGUGUGGUUGAUACGGAGGGCGUGGCCCUGUGUGCCGCCAUAGAGGGAUGUAGCGAGGCGUGCGUCUACCUUCUGCUGCGGAGACAGGGGAGAAAGGCCAGCACAGAUUCGCGUGCCUACGUCAAUAUGGACCACGGUAGUCUCCCGGAAACCUAUGACGAAUUCGUGUUCCAAGAACCACCGCUGGUGAGCACAUUCAAUCUGGGAAGCUUUCAUGCUCCCAGAUUCGCGCGCUUGCUACUUGAAGCCGGGGCGGACGCGACAUCGGGCGUUCGGUUCCCGUGCGACAGUGAUGAGGGGGAAGAAGACGAAGGUUUCAUCGGCACGCCCCUCGACUUGGCUACAUCGUACUUUCGCAGAUUCAGUCCCAUGAGAGUCCACCGCGAGAUGGUGCGGGGGCUGAAGGGUGUCAUCCGCUUGCUGCGACAGGAGGAGGCAGUUCACUCGGUGUCCUGGACGUGGCCAAUCGACACAGGUCGUUCUGUAGAGCGUGCGUCCCGGAAGAAAUCAACAUCGAUCGCUCGCAUGCUCCCGCUUCUGAAGCGGAGGGCGGCGAAGCCUCGUGUGCUUUUGGCAGCCAUGUCUAGGUACAACGAGAAGCAGGACGGAACUUUCCUCGGGUACCUCCCCGAUAAAAACGCGGGAGUCUAA